CUUUCAACUGCCGUAGAGACAAUACGGACAGGUCGUGUGUGUGUUUCAUUCGAUAAAGGCAAAAACUUUUUUUUGAACUAUCCACAUUGUAAAAGAAGAGAAUAUAUCGUGUGUAUUGAAAACAUGACUAAUUCUUGAUAAAGUGCCAAAUUUUCGUUCACCGUUACACACCAGAUAUGAAAUCAUAAUUUCGUUGAUACUCGAAGUGUUUAUGGCACUUGAAAAUUGAUUAAAAAGAAUUUACGUUGAAAAUAGUGCAACCGACAAAAGUGCAGUGAAUGGAUCACGUUCAUACAACAUUAUAACAAUAGAAAUAUAGAGUUUUUUUUUGUAAGUAAUUAAAAAAGUUAUCAACAGUUUUUUAUAUUAAUUUUUAUUAUCUACAAAAGAGCUAUAAAGAGUUUAAUGAUUCUUCAUUAUUUUUCAAAAAUGUGGUAAUCAGUGAUAUCGAAGUUUUAAUGAAAAAAGUUUUCCGUUUUUCUGUGAAAACAUGUAGCGAAAAUUUAGUGUAUUCACAUACGUAAAUAUAACUUAUGUACAUAAAAGUGGAAGAAGUACAAUCAUUGGUUAUACAUGCUAUGUGUUCUGGAAAAUUAAUCGGAAAUUGUGUGUUUAGUUAAAGGAUUACAUCUCACUCUCGAAUGCUAUACAUGCUAAACAUAUUACCCAAAUACACAACCAUUCUAUUGGAUACAUUGCAUCAAAUUGCUGUGGAUUAAUUUGGAUUAUUAGGGAUUAUUUUAAUAAAUUACAAUUGUUAUUGAAGUCAACAUCCGAUUUAAGCAUUUGCAACAAUCGAACGAGCUUGAUUUAGAAUAUAUUCAAAUAUGGCGUCAUUUCUCUUCAACAUCAUUUAUUACCACACGUUUACCCCAUUGUAGCAAAGCGAACACCGACUAUAAAACUUAAUUACGCAUACAAUGAAAAUAAAUUUAACAACCCGAAGCAACGGGGAAUAUUCUAGAGAUGGAAUUCAUCGGUUACUUGUUGUUGUUGAUGCUGUGCCUUACAACUGUAUUUAAGGAUGUGUCAAACGAAUCGGUGAAUAAAGAGAAAACGCCGGUGAAAAGUGAUGUGAUUACAGACUUAUCCGAUUUGCCAACGAAAUUCGGCGAUGAAGAUGAUGUGAUUAAAAUAAAACCUACAACCGAUUUAAGUAAAGACAAAAAUUCGAAAUCAAAAGAUGUGAAAAAGUUUAACGAAGAUCAUUUCGAUCAUAAAGACUUCGAUUCGAACGAAGAAAACUACGACGAUAAUGACGAAGACUUUAUAUUGUCCGAACAUUUUCCGGACAAGGAUGAUGGUGAAGACUCCGACUACAAAAAUGCUGACUACGACGAUGGAAGUGAGCUAGGACCGACGUUAGAUAAUUUCGGUACGAAAUUCGACGGUGCUGGUGAUGGGAAUGAAUUGCCGAUAUUUUUGUCAGAGCCACAAAGUACUUAUGUGGUGAGGAGCAGACCAGCUAUAUUAAAGUGUAAAGCAGCGCAUGCAUUACAGUUAACAUUUAAAUGCAGCGGAAGCUCACAACCACCGCCAUCUUCGCACGAAUCUCAUGUGGACCCUCAUACAGGUGUUCACUUGCAAGAAGUUACAGCAACAAUAUCAAAAGACUUAGUGUAUGAGUUCUUUGGAAAAGGACCAUUCAAAUGCGAAUGCAAUGCAUGGUCGCCUCGGGGUAAAGCAAAAAGUCAACCAGCUACCGUAGAAGUUGCAUAUAUCAAAAAAUAUUUUUCAAUACCCCCAACAUCUGUUCGUGUUGAAGCUGGUGGUCGAGCUGAGAUCCGUUGUUCUGCUCCAAAAGCUGUACCAACACCGACUAUAGAAUGGCUUAAGAAUGAUGUUCCACUUGUACCCGAUACAUCGGUGUUAGUUACGGCCGAAGGCAGCAUUCUAAUAAAUCAUGCAUCAAUGCAAGAUAUGGCGAACUAUACCUGCGUUGCAUCAUCAAUUGCUGGCAAACGUUUAUCCGAUCCGGCAGCAGUUACUGUUUAUGUCGAUGGAGGUUGGAGUUCAUGGAGUCAAUGGACGGAAUGCAGAUGUCCUGGACGGUCUCCCGUUGGACAGAAGCGGACAAGAAGUUGCAGUAAUCCGACUCCGUUGAAUGGUGGCGCUCCUUGCGGUGGACCGAAUGUACAGAAGACACCCGAUUGUGUUCCCUGUCCAGAGGAUAUUCAAAUCGUCAGUCCAGAAGGCUUCGAUCUAUUGAUUGGGGGCCGUUGGUCGGCAUGGUCUGACUGGAGUACGUGUACGUCGGAGUGCAUUCAAAUACGUCGUAGAACUUGCAUUGGAGUUUUUGAUUCAACAUCAACAUCUCCAGCUGGGUCGAAAUUAUCCACCGACAACAACAAUAAUAAUGAUAAGUCAUCGUGCACGGGACGAGAAUUUCAAACAGCCGAAUGCCGUGGUGGUAAUUGCAGCAAAGGAAAAGAGGACACAGAAUGGGCUUUAUACAUCGGAUUGACCGUAGUUUGUGCUAUUUGCGUUGCGUUGGGCGUAAUUUUGUCUCGUGGUGUACGAAAAGGUAGACGACUUCCACCGUACAGUAUUGCACGCACAGAAAUGCAACCGGAAUAUUUCCAUGACCCAGACAAAAAAACGAUGCAAUUUCAGCCUGAUUUAACCCAAAACAAUCACGCUGCCAAUUACGAAUAUCCACCGUUGAAUCCACAUAAUGGACAUUUACCAAUUGGACAGAAUAUACCGAUGAAAAUAUCACGAUCGAUAUCCGAACAUCAUUAUGAUGUACCUCAUUUAGCUACCAACUAUGCAACACCAGUGGACAAAGUGAGCGGAAAUGAUUCAUACUCAUCAUCGAAUUAUUCAAAACGAAUUCACAGCACAGAUUCAUUGGCAACAACAACGAAUACAUCUGAUUCAACCUAUGACGUCGCUACAGAGCCCCCAACAUUGCCAAUGAGUCACAAAACAUUUCCCAAAUCAAAUACCGUUCGACAAGUGGUUACCUCAACUGGUGGGUGGCUGAAAUUAAACAAUGCAUGCAUUGCCUUAUCGAUACCCGAAACAGCCGUCAGCAAGAACCAGAGGCAUAGUGUCUUUCUGUCGGUGUUGAACGAAGAGAAUCUUAAAAUAUCCAUUCCGGGUAUUUGCUCACACAUUUCGCCGGUUAUUCAUUGCGGUCCCGUUGAUGUAAGCCUGAGCAAACCAGCCGUACUACGAAUUCCUCAUUGUGCCGAAAAGCUAGAUCAAUGGCGUGUAUCGCUGUAUUACUCCAACGCUCACAUUCAGGAGUCUGAACCGAAAUGGCGAAAAUUGGUUACCCUCGGCGAGGAAACUAUUAACACACCAGCUUAUGUGCAAAUGGACGACAGCUACGCUUUUGUCAUGACUGAUUUCUUAGGACGCUUUGCCAUAGUUGGUGAAUCAUUAUCCACUGGAGUUGGUGCAGUGAAACGUUUAAAACUGUUUUGCUUCGGUCCGUCAAUUCAACCAGGCUCCGAUUCUACGAUACGAGUUUAUGUCAUCGAAGAUUUGCCAAGUUCUAAGGAUCACUGCACUUAUCUCGAGAGUAAAUUGGGUGGUGUCUUUCUGUGUCAAAGUACACCGUUCAUGUUUCACGACAGUGGACACGAUUUGAAUCUGGGCAUCAAAUGUGACGGUGGAUGGCGGCCAAAGCUGGGAUCGGAAAGUCAAACGAUUCCAUUCUCUCAUGUGUGGAACAAUGGUAUGGCAUUGCAUUGUGCUUUCGCCAUUGAACGAAGCGAACAAGAAUCGCAUGGACUACGGAUUGACGUUUCGGCACGGCAGCGGCAAGGUGGCGAAGUGACUGCAACGCAUUUCACUCCAUCGCUGCUACCGUUCGAUUUACCCACCGUAGACGAGAUGUACAGUGAUGGUUCGGUCAAAAGUGUGACUGUAUCGAACAAAGGCGUGAACACCGUACAAGAUACUGAAGUAGCUUUUAAGUUAACACGACAGGCGAAACGAGAACUGUGUUGCUGUUUAGAUCCACCGACAACACGGGGAAAUGACUGGCGAAUGUUGGCUCAAAAAUUAGGCGUUGAUCGGUACAUUGCCUAUUUCGCCACGAAACCCUCGCCAACGGAACAGAUCUUAGAUUUAUGGGAGUGCCGCAAUAGAGACAACAAUGAUUUGGUUAAGUUGACGGUGUUCUUGAGGAAUAUGGGACGCUUGGAUGCCGUCGAAAUACUGGAACGUACUCUAGGACCAGCUUGGUUGUAAAAAAGUGUUUUUUUGUUGUUAUCUGAAUCCUUAUAGUUUUCGAACAUUAAAUUUUUUUGGAAGAAUUAUGUUACAGGGCCUAAACGAAUGGAUAGUAAGUUUCCGAUUGGUUUUUUGUUUAAUUUUGUUUUUCCUUACAAAGGGCUUUGGGUUAUAUGCUGUUUACAGGUCUUUUUUUUGACGCCACAACAGUGGACGCAAUGCUUUAAUUUUCAAGAUGAUAAUUUAAACACUUUGUCUGAUAUUAUCGUCCGGGUUUUCAUCGGAACAGACCCCAUAAACUUUGACUAUACUUAAAACUGAAAAUUUACAAUAAAAACUGAUGAUGAACAAUUAACAGCAAUUUGUGACAACUGUUGGAAUUCCUUACCUUAACAAGUAAUAAAUUCCGAACCAAAUCAAAAUUACACUGCCCUAUGAUCCAUAUCAUAUUUGCUCUACCACACACUGCCAUUUUAAAGACAAAACGAAUUAAAUGCCGUUUAGUAUCAUCUCGUAUCACACAUAAUCAUCUCAAUUUAUUUUAAAUAAAAAAAGAUGUAAAUUUCGUACUCGUACUACUCGAACCAGAAAACCCAUUAUUUGAGUAUCAAAUGGUCGACCAGAUAAAGUGUAAAGUUUUAUGGAAUUUUUCGUUUAAGAAAUGAAGAAAUUAAAAAAAAAUUGUUCAUAUUAACAACUUAAUGUUAGACCGGUUGGUACGUGAUUGUGAGGCUAAAUGAUGGCUUUUCCUCAUUUACGGUAAUUUCACAGGUCACAGGACGAAUAUUAAUGGAAUUUUAACUGCAUUUAAAUGUAAUAAUUGUCGUUAACAAUCGCAGAAAAAAAAUUAUCUCUCUAUCACAUAUAGCAAUAUUUUGCCGUUGGCCGAUUAGAGGGACUUCGAGCCGCAGUCUUUCGGGAAAAAAAAUAUUUUAACGAAAUCUAGGACGUCUUAUAGUCAAAUUAAUGUGUAAUAUCAACAUAAUGUUCGAUAAAACAAAAAAAUAGUCAACUGUGUAAAACUAGAGUUGAUUUGUUUGUUUUUUUUGUGAAACUCUUUACUUAAAUAAAACGAUGAACUGACACCAAGAACAAUUUAAAGAAAAUAUUUAUCAUUAAAACAAUUUAUAACCAAAACUCAUCCCAACUAAAAACAGACAUAUUUAAAUGGAAACAAAAAUGAAAAAUCUUUAACUAAAAUAUCGUACAUAUACAUAAAAUAGACAUAACAAUGGAAUAAAACCGAAAAAAAAGACUUAGGACGAGCGAGGACGAUGAUUCGAAAAAGAAAAUGUUAGAAUUUAAAAAAAACUCUUUUGUAUUGUGUACAAAAACAAAAUAAUCUAUUUGAUAGAAUUGUAGCGUAAUAAGAAGUGAAAAAAGUAGUUUUGAUACCUGUUAUAUAUAAAUAUAUUAUAUAGUUGAUAUUAAUGAAUCAAAAAAGAAAAAUAAAAGAAAAAAUGGAAAUAAAAAAGAUGAAAAACUAAUAAUGAAUUAGAAAUUAUAUUCGGCGUAGAUAUAACAAUAGAAAUUUAAACAAACAAAAAAUAUAAAAAAAUUAAAAUUAUGUUAAAAAGAACAAGAAAAUUAAAAAAAGUAGAAGUGAAGUUAAGACAGUGUGUAAAUACAACCAACAAAACGAUAAUAAUAUUAAAGAAAAUGUAUUUAUGAUAAAA